ACACUUCAUGUGUCAAAUUAAGAGAAACCGCAAAUACAAUGGUUUGGGAAAUACAAUGAAUUGAUUUUUUUUUUUAAUAAAUAGUGUAUGGAAAUAGAUUUAGGAUGAGUUCUACUACAGAUGUACAAGAGGCUCAAGGAUCUCUUCAAACUCUAUCCUUGGUUGAAGAUAAUUCAGACGAGAAGAAAAAGAUUCAUAAAAUUGAUAUAUUUUUAAAACCAAUAGCUAAUGCACCAAUAAUGAAAAAACAAAAAUGGUGUGUAGAUUCAUCAAAACAGAUCAGCUGGAUAUUAUGGUUUGUUGCCAAAUACAUUAAAUUAGAGCCACAGGAAAAACUGUUUCUGUAUGUGAACCAAACAUUUGCUCCUGCUCCGGAUCAAAAUUUGAAAAAUUUAUAUGAUUGUUAUGCUACAGAAGGAAAACUAGUAUUGCAUUAUUGCAAGACGCAGGCUUGGGGUUGAAACCAAUGAAUCAAAUUUUAUGUUGUAUGGUUGUCAAUAUGCUUUAUUGUGAUUUAUAUCUUAAGUUAAAUUUAAAAAUUAAUCUUAUUUAUAAAAAAGUAAAAUUUAAAAACUGAGAACUAUAAUCCUGAAUGAAGAGAAAAAUCUUUAGUUAAAUGAUAUCUCACCAAUAAACAUUUUCCAAACUUUU